GUCUUGUACACGGAAGCACUUAGAGUUAAUGCUAACAACAACAACAUAAAAGAAGUCUGCGUUUAUUUCUGUCACAUUUUUUAAUUGACUCUUCAACUCCGGAAGUGACGCUUCUGCUGUCAACACUGUUAGCAUCGCUGUUAGCAUAAGAGCGCAUUAGCUCCGGUGAGUCUCUACUAGCCACUGUUAGCGCCUGUUAGCUUCGGUUAGCUCUCUUUAGCCCACGUCGGUGCUGGUUUAAAAACACCAACGUCCAGUCAGUGUUAGCCGUUAGCUCGGCUCAAAGCUAACGAACAGAAUGAUGAAGCAGGAUUGUGUGCGUGAAGACAGACGCCCCCUAGAGGACUGCUCUACAGGUUUGCUGUGUCUGUCAGCGUAGUGUCCAGAGCAUGGAGGCUCUACCAGGAGACAUGCCAGUACAUCAGGAGACGUGGAGGAGGCCGUAGGAGGGCAACAACCCAGCAGCAGGACCGCUACCUCCUCCUUUGUGCAAGGAGGAACAGGAGGAGCACUGCCAGAGCCCUGCAAAAUGACCUCCAGCAGGCCACAAAUGUGCAUGUGUCUGCUCAAACGGUUAGAAACUGACUCCAUGAGGGUGGUAUGAGGGCCCGACGUCCACAGGUGGGGGUUAUGCUUACAGCCCAACACUGUGCAGGACGUUUGGCAUUCGCCAGAGAUCACCAAGAUUGGCAAAUUCGCCACUGGCGCCCUGUGCUCUUCACAGAUGAAAUCAGGUUCACACUGAGCACGUGACAGACGUGACAGAGUCUGGAGACGGCGUGGAGAACGUUCCGCUGCCUGCAACAUCCUCCAGCAUGACCGGUUUGGCAGUUGGUCAGUAAUGGUGUGGGUUGGCAUUUCUUUGGGGGGCCACACAGCCCUCCAUGGGCUCGCCAGAGGUAGUCUGACUGCCAUUAGGUACCGAGAUGAGAUCCUCAGACCCCUUGUGAGACCAUAUACUGGUGCGGUUGGCCCUGGGAUCCUCCUAAUGUAAGACAAUGCUAGACCUCAUGUGGCUGGAGUGUGUCAGCAGUUCCUGCAAGACGAAGGCAUUGAUGCUAUGGACUGGCCCGCCCGUUCCCCAGACCUGAAUCCAAUUGAGCACAUCUGGGACAUCAUGUCUCGCUCCAUCCACCAACGCCAUGUUGCACCACAGACUGUCCAGGAGUUGGCGGAUGCUUUAGUCCAGGUCUGGGAGGAGAUCCCUCAGGAGACCAUCGGCCACCUCAUCAGGAGCAUGCCCAGGCGUUGUAGGGAGGUCAUACAGACGUCCAACAUCUGCUGCUGAUCAAAGAAGAGAUGAUGACCAGUCUAGAUCAGGAGGAGCCAGAGAGUCCUCACAUCAAAGAGGAACAGGAAGCACUCUGGACCAAUCAGGAAGUCCAUGGCAACAAGUUCUCGCUCUCUAUUGUCCACGUGAAGACGGAGGACGAUGAGGACGAACCUAAGUCCUCACAGCUUCAUCAAAGUCAACCUGAGGACAGCAGAGAGGCGGAGCCUCCAGACACUGACUCAGAGCAACCAAUAAAAAUAGAAGCUGAAGGAGAUGAUCAUCUUCACUUCGAUAAAGAAGACAACAAGACUUCAGACUCGUGUGAGACUGAAGACAGUGAGGAUUAUGAGAAGGAGACCAGAGCUCCUGACCAACGUCAGCUUCACAGACACAAACGGAGAGUUUCUACAGGAGAGAAACCGUUUGUCUGCCAUUUCUGUGGGAAAACAUUCUCAAAGAAGUCUAAUCUUAUGAGACACGUGAUGAUUCACACAGGAGAGAAACCGUAUCACUGUGAUGUUUGUGGGAAAAAGUUCACACUGAAGUUUAUUCUUAGAAGACACAUGAGAGUCCACACAGAAGAGAAACCAUGUCACUGUGACGUUUGUGGGGAAACAUUUACACAAAGCAGUUUUCUUAAGACACAUGCCAGAGUUCAUACAGGAGAGAGACCGAAUGCUUGUGAUAUCUGCGGGAAAAGAUUUACAAAGAUGUCCACGCUGAAGAGACACAUGUUGGUCCACACUGGAGAGAAACCACAUGGCUGUGAAACCUGUGGGAAGAGAUUUACAGAAAUGAGUGAUCUUAAGCGACACAUUUUGGUCCAUUCUGAAGAGAAACCCUGUAGUUGUGAUGUGUGUGGGAAAAGAUUUACACUGAAGUGGAAUCUUAAGAAACACAUGAUGGUCCAUGCAGAAGAGAAACCGUAUCACUGUGAUGUUUGUGGGGAAAGAUUUUCACAGAAGUCUCUUCUAAACAAACACAAGAGAGUCCACAUCGCAGAGAAGCCAUGUGUCUGUGAACUCUGUGGGAAAAGAUUUACAUAUAAAAGUUUUCUUAAAAAGCACAUGAGAGUUCACACGGGAGAGAAACCGUGCAGCUGCGACGUUUGUGGGAAAAGAUUUGCGAAGAACAGCGACGUUACGAGACACAUGGCUGUCCACGCAGGAGAGGAACUCUUCGGAUGUGAUUUUUGUGAGGAAAGAUUCACCAGCAGGUUGGACGUAAAGAGACACACGUUCGUCCACACGAGAGAGAAUCUGUGCAGCUGUGACGUCUGUGGGGAACGAUUCACACAGAGGAGUUCUCUGGCUACACAUAUGAAGGUUCACACGGGGGAGAAACCGUGCAGCUGCAACGUCUGCGGGAAAAGAUUCAUCAGGAACAGCGACGUGAAGAGACACAUGGUGGUUCAUACAGGAGAGAAACCGUUCAGCUGUGACGUGUGUGGGAAACACUUUGCCCUCAAGUUUAACCUGAAAAUACACAUGAACGUUCAUUCAGGGGGAAAACAGGUGAAGUGAUGAUGUUUGUAGAAACAGAUUCACACUCGCGGCGCUCCGUGAAUGUUGGUUCUUCAGCUGAAGCAGAAAAAUAGUGACAAAGUGAAAAAGUGCUGGUGUUGUGUGUAUUUCCACCUGAGUAACACGGAGGCACUCGACUAUCCUGAAAAAACUAAAGAAAAACUGCUCCGAAGUACGUUUGUAGUUUUAUCUGCGUUUUAAAAAAAAACAAACACUUCAGUACACUGUGAUGUCUAAGUGCAUAAACUUCCCCGUUCACCCUCUCAUCUGUGAACAGCUGACUUUACUACUGAUGCUGCCGUAACAUCAUGAGAAUUAUAAAUGAACAAUAACCAUCGACGCCCACUUUGUUUCCUCUUAAACUGGUUCUCCAGAAAACACCAAGGUUCUGAGGCUCCAGAACCAGAACUGAGUCUGUAAAUAAUGUCUAAGCAACGUUAAUUACAUCAUGUAAGAAAAGUAAUGUGUUGAGUCAAAGCAUGACAUCAUCAAGCGCUUUCAACACGCUCCUAAUCAAGUCUACACCUCAGCCAUGCGUGCCUUUAAUUUGAAAGGGCAGUCACAGGAAGUGAGGUCACACAGUCUGUCUGGGAACAAGUCCAGAGUCUGUGAACACUGAGAGGGUGAAGGAUGAACACAUGAAUGAUGAUGUGAUGACUGAUGCUAAUGUUAUUCACUUUAAUAAAUGAAUCAAAUGUU